ACGAGACUUGGCGCCCUCCUCCGUGGAUGCCGGCCCGGCCGGGCUCAGCGGUUGCAGAGAGCGCAGGCUUCCCCGCACCAUGCCGUCCGCGUUCUCCGUCAGCUCCUUCCCCGUCAGCAUCCCAGCUGUACUCACGCAGACGGACUGGACUGAGCCCUGGCUCGUGGGGCUGGCCGCCUUCCACGCGCUCUGCCUGCUCCUCACCUGCUUGUCCUUCUGGAGCUACAGACUACAGAUCGGGCACUUCCUGUGCCUAGUAAUCUUAGUCUACUGUGCUGAAUACAUCAAUGAGGUGGCUGCAAUGAACUGGAGACUCGCCCGGUUUCCCGAGCCUUCCUGUGACUCUGCCUCCUGCCUGCUCAGCCUGUCUCUCCAGGACGGUGUCCCUGCAGCUGGAGCGCGCUCUCGCUUCCCUUCUCCUCCCUCCUCCCUCCUUAGUAGUAAGUGGCUCCAUGGGGACCCCACCUCUCCUCCUGGACACAGGGCCUUCACAGGGCUCAGUCCCAGGAGUGGUGCUCAGUCCUCGGUGACCCUGACCUUGUACGGAGGCUGGCACAGUGCCCUCCUCCUCCCUGAAGCCCUCCCACACCCAGCUCCAGGGUGUCGUGUCGCACCUUCCUGGCUCCUCCCUUCCCUGUGGCCUCAGCCUCCUGGCUUUGUGCUUCUCCGGCAUCUCCUGAUAGAAGUGCUGGGUUUCCUGCCUGUCCCACUCACUGGACUGGGCACCAGGAUGUCUAACAAAUGUCUCAAAAUUCACACUUCAGGCCAACUGCUCUGCUCCCCCUUCUUAAUAGAGGCGUCUUCUCCCUCAGCCUCUUAGACCAGAGACGUCACAGCUCAUCGUUCAGGAAUUGCUGUCCCUCCACCUUUAAGGCCAGCCAUAAGCCCACUGUGUCCGUGCCCCUCACCCCAGCUCUGCCAGCCUGCUGCUGACACGCAGUUCCUAAGCCAUCCCCAUACUGCUCAGCCUCUCACAUGUCCUGAGGAGGCGCGGGCCUCAGCUGGGCACUGCCCCUCAGAACGUUUCAGAGUGUCCCCAGGUCACUCUGAGCAAACGUGGAGUCAUGCAGUGAUGCCCUGUGGCCUCCUGCUAGCUCUGUCCCAGCCGCUCACAGCUGUGCCUGCGAGUCCACGAGGCCCCCUCACCCCCCACAGCCUUCACGUUUCUGUGUAAGCGCAGUCACCGCAUGCUUGGACUGGCUGCCUCUUAAUUCUGGGCCUCCCAUGGUCUACAGUUAAAGUGCCCGUGAGGCGGGAACCCUGUGCCCAUGAGGCUUUGACCCGCUGCCCGCUGCACGUCAUUACCAGCUCUGUGUGGGGUGUUUCCCGUGCUGGCUGCUCGGAGCAGAAUAAACACCCACGUGCAGAUCCACCGCCCUCCCUGGCACUGCGCUUUUGUGCAAGGGGAGAUCUUCCGCCUCCCCGGGUCUCUUCUGCUAACGAGGUGCUGGUGCUGGCAGCAGGACGGCUGCUGUGAGAGCCACAGGGGUGGGAGGGUCCCUGUGAGGCUGCGGAGUGGAUGCAGCUGCUCUCCCUCCCUCAUUUACGGGGGGUUAUUGAUGUUACUUUGUAGGUUCUAAGGAUUUCAGGUCAUCAAUUCUUCCAGCUGAGGUUAGAUGUGCUGCUGACCCAGAGGGGCUGCUGGGUGUCAUCUCCCUGCUUGGGAGGCCUCGGGGUCUUCCCCAUGCUACAGGGUGGGGUCCCCCUGCCUGGGAGGCCUCAGGGUCUUCCCCAUGCUACAGGGUGGGGUCCCCCUGCCUGGGAGGCCUCAGGGUCUUCCCCAUGCUACAGGGUGGGGUCCCCCUGCCUGGGAGACCUCAGGGUCUUCCCCGUGCUACAGGGUGGGGUCCUCCUGCCUGGGAGACUUUGGGGUCUUCCCCAUGCUACAGGGUGGGGUCCCCCUGCCUGGGAGGCCUCGGGGUCUUCCCCGUGCUACAGGGUGGGGUCCCCCUGCCUGGGAGGCCUCGGGGUCAUCCCCGUGCUGCAGGGUGGGGUCCCCCUGGCUUGGGAGGCCUCGGGGUCUUCCCCAUGCUGCAGGGUGGGGUCCCCCUGCCUGGGAGGCCUCGGGGUCUUCCCCGUGCUACAGGGUGGGGUCCUCCUGCCUGGGAGACUUUGGGGUCUUCCCCGUGCUGCAGGGUGGGGUCCCCCUGCCUGGGAGGCCUCGGGGUCUUCCCCAUGCUGCAGGGUGGCGUCUCCCUGUCCUGUGACCCAGCGCGUUUUCUUCACGGGCACUGCAUUUGGGGCAGCACGGUGGAGAUGAUGCCUGCUCCCAAGGCGGGGCUCAGUGAGGGGGUUGCUUCCGCCUCAGUCCACAGCAGCUUUCUCCAAAGCCUAAGUAAAAUAGACAGCGUCACUAGAACUUUUUUGUUGUAUUGCCUAGUAAUGUUUUGUUUUUGU